AUGGACGGCUACGAUGAAGGGACCGUCUACUACUCGUACCAGAACCAAGAGGACGAGGCACAGGCAGCGUCUGGUUCUGCGGCAGAGUCUGGACGCGGGAACAUUCUUUCGGCUGUGGAGGUUCGCCGUCGAUUCAAGGCAUUCGUACUAGGCUUCGCUAACGAAAGAUACCGUUACACAUACCGAGACCGUCUUCGGGCCGCUGUGAAUGCUGGUACUCUCUCUCUCUCUGUCGAGCUGGCCCAUCUCACACAUUUCGAUGCUCCACUUGCGGCUACCAUUCGCGAAGGACCGGACCGAGCAAUUGUCCAGGCCGAGCGAGCAGCCACUGAGGCUGCUGCCGUGCUUCAGAACACUGCCAUCGAAGAUGUCAUAGCAACUGAUGGACAACGGGAAACCCCGGCCCAGCCUCAAGAUCGUCCCAGUGGUACUGCCGCUGAUCAAGAUGACAAUGCUCAAAGUGCCUCUUUGAAUGAUAUCUCCCGCAGAGGAGUACAAGUCAUUUUGCGAAGCAAUGAAACUGGACGAGAAAUCCGAGCUCUAGGAUCUUCUGAUGUUUCCAAGCUUGUUGCUGUGUCCGGAAUUGUGAUCGCGUCUUCCAAGGUUCGCUGCAAAGGAACAGCUGUCGUUCUGCGAUGCAGAAACUGCAACGACAAAAUCACAGUUGGUGUCAACCCUGGCCUCGGAGGGUUUGCAGUGCCGAGAACUUGCCGCCGUGUUUUAGGUGAGAAUGAAGUCGACUGUCCGCUUGACCCCUACGUAGUGCUUGCAGAUGACAGUAAGUUCAUGGAUAACCAGACUCUGAAGCUUCAAGAGCUGCCCGAGUGUGUCCCAACAGGAGAGAUGCCUCGAAGCAUCAGUCUCAGCUGCGACAGGUAUCUCACAGAUCUUGUGAGCCCUGGCGUUCGAGUUGACGUGAUUGGUAUUUACUCGGUCUCCGGGGCGGCAGCUCCCGGUGUUGGUCGUGGCAAUAAGCGAAUGUCCUCGGGAUCUAGUCUCUCGAUUAGUGCACGGGCACCUUAUCUGAGGGUGCUGGGGCUCAAGAUUCGGGAAGGGGCAGGCUACUCUGGUAGCAGAACGGCAGUGUCUUUUGGAUUUGAAGAAGAAGAGGCCAUGCUGCGUAUUUCUCGCACUCCGGGACUUUGCGAUAUCAUUUCUAGAAGUGUAGCACCGGAAAUUUUCGGACACAAGGAUAUCAAGAAGGCCAUUGCUGCCCAACUUUUCGGCGGUGCGCUGGAUAAGACCUUACCGGAUGGGAUGCGACUGCGGGGAGAUAUCAAUGUCCUCCUCCUCGGAGAUCCAAGUACUGCGAAAAGCCAAAUGCUCAAAUACGCUGAACGCGUGGCCCCAAUCAGCGUGUACACCAGCGGAAAGGGAAGUUCCGCUGCUGGCCUCACCGCUAGUGUUAUUAAGGAUAAGGCUCACGGUGAGUUCCAUCUGGAAGGCGGUGCAAUGGUUUUGGCGGACGGAGGGCUUGUCUGUAUUGAUGAGUUUGAUAAGAUGCGGCUUCAGGACCGAGUCGCCAUCCAUGAGGCUAUGGAGCAGCAGACCAUCUCCAUUGCCAAGGCAGGUAUAACUGCAGUUUUGAAUGCAAGGUCAGCCGUCCUUGCCGCGGCAAAUCCCGCUUUCGGAAGGUAUGAUGACACAAGAUCUAGUGCGGAGAACAUUGAAUUUCAGAGCACUAUUCUCUCGAGAUUUGAUUUAAUCUUUAUUGUUCGAGAUGUCCGUGAUGAUGCAAGGGACAAGAUGAUAGCAGAGCAUGUUUUGAGCCUACAUCAACGGGGCUCUGAGAAGACCAAUGGAUCACGCUCUGGUAUUUUUGGAAAGGGCAGCUCUGGGAAAGGAAACGCGGGCAGAGAUGGAGCCGAACUUGAUGUCAAUGAUGGUGCAGCUUACGGAGUCAUCGGCGAAGGAAAUGAGGCUCGCCUGGAUAUCAAUUCUCUGAAACGUUACAUUGCUUACGCUCGCACACGCGCAUCACCGAGGCUCUCUGUAGAAGGCGCCGAGCUGUUGCGCACCAAUUAUGUAUCUAUUCGGGAGCAGAUGCGAGCAAAACAACUAGGAGAUGACGAGGAAUCUGGCAAUACAGUUCCUAUUACAGUGCGACAACUGGAAGCCAUUGUGCGCAUUUCUGAGGCGUUGGCAAAGAUGACGCUGGACUCAACAGUCACGGAGAGACACGUGACUGAGGCAAUACGCUUGUUCAAGGUGGCAACUCUAGAUUCUGCAAAUGCUGGUGCGAUUCAAUCUGCAGAGGGCGCACUUCGCCCAGAUGUUCGCCUAGAUGUUCAAAGGGUAGAAGCAGCGUUGAAGAGAAGACUAGCGAUCGGGUCUAUGGCUAGUGAAAGACGACUAAUCGACCAUUUUCUUGAUGAGAAAUACUCUGAAUUUGCCAUUCGGAACGCGAUAUUAGUGAUGAUGCGGCGCGGAGACUUGGAAUAUAGGCGACAGCGCAAGUAUAUUUACCGAUCACAAUGA